AUGGAGAAUCCAAAUUCGCUACACGUAGCAGGGGGCCUGGAGGUCUCGUUUCCUGUCAUGAUGACGACCCCGCCUAAGAAGAGUCCCACGAAAAUCAACAUCAUCGUAUUAAGUAUUCCACUGAUCGAUGCACGAGUGAUAAAUAUGAUCCUGCUAACCCUUGGAACCGGUCUGAAUUUCUUAAUUAUACUGGUGAUCGUUUGCAAGCCUUCCUUCAGAACGUCCAGCAACCUCUACGUCGUCAGUCUAGCCUGCUCGAACAUGGUGAUCCUCGUCGAGCCUCUGGAAGAGAUACUCAAGUGGUUCUUCGACGUGAACUUGAGAUUAAACAUGGAUUACGUGUGCAUGAUCAGCUUCGACGUUUCUAUAAUCACCAUCGCGAUUUUGAAGUUCAUGCUGUACAUCGGUAUGUUUCAAGAGCAAACCACCUUCGGGCACACUUUGCUGAAAAUGUCUACAGCUUUGAAAGGUAUUCUAUUGAUCUGGUCCGCGUGCAUCGUGUCACUCGCCAUUGGCUUGCAUAUAUACGACUUUUUCGAGGGAGACAUGGCGGAUAUUUACGUGUGGUUCACGUUCAUGUUUAUCGUUAUGCCGUUGAUCAUAUGCAUCGCCCUGGGAUGCUUGAUCAUUUACGAACUAACGAUACUGAAAGCGAUCGAAGGAUCGUGGAGGACGAAGGAGCUGAGGCACUUCUUUAUGUUAGUGGUCGUGUUAAUCGCUUUCUUUCUAAUUCGAGCACCAUAUCGAGUGGCUAGAGCGAUCAAUUUCAUAGAGCCUAAGGCAUUAUGCUGUACGGACAGCAGGAGAGAGGUGCUCUAUUUCAUGGCCAAGACAUACCCAACUGUCUUCUCGAUCAUUUACAUCUCAUUAUCCAACGAAUUUUACGAAAUAUUUCGGAUUCUAAAACGUGUGUGCCAAAAAUCCCAUAAAGAAGCUAACGAUGACAUAGCGAUUUAA